GGGAAGAGGGAAAAAAAGGAAGUCAAAGGCUGAAACCCUCAUCGAAGGUUGGUGGCGGCUCGGGCUAGCAGCGGCAGCCGGCGGCCAGCGAAUCGAAGCCAAUCCGCGGCGGCUCGGAGUCCCCCUCGAGGCUCCCGCGUCGAUUCCCCAAUCGGCUUCUUCACAGCCCGCCUGGCGCCGGCGAUGCUCUCUGAUUGCUGACUGGAGUGAUGAAUUCGAGACCAAUAGUCCUUGUCUUCCUCCUGCUCGUGCUCAUCAUAACGUCGCAGUUUGAGUGGAAACAGCAGAUUGGUGAGGCCGAGGCCAGCCCGGAAGCUACACGGCGGAGACAACAAGCGCUGGUCGUAAGGGAAGAUGCUGUUAAAGAGAAAAUAAUAUUGGCGCAAGAGAAGAACAUCCAGCAGCUCACCGAGCUUAUCCAGAGCCUCCAGGUGCAGCUACUGCACUGUCGUGGCAGCAACAGUACUACUGCUCAUAGCGCCUCUUCAAAUCAGUCGUCGACCAGCGACACCGAAGCAGAGGGACAUGAACUAAUCGGUGAUUGAUCACCCGCCAGCACACACAUGUAGUCUGUCUCAGAGUACAUCCAGCUCAAGAACAUGCACCAAAAUCAAAGUCGUCUCCCAGGGAACAUCGUAGAAGUUUUAUGGUCAUCGUCACGACCAGUAGGACCCUAGAGAGUUACCUUGAUGUACUAAUAUGAUGUGCUAUUGACACUACGAGCAUUGCCUUUUAGUUUCGUUUUACCCACAGCUUGUACAAACUGAUAUUGUAUCAUGUAAAUCUAGUCCACCAUCCUGGUUUAUAUUUGAGAUAUACGUUUAC